UGACCACAGCGAAUAGCGCAGCGUGUGGGCGUGGUCAAUAGUAGUUCGGUUGCACUGGACGUUACCCAUCAACUUUUGCUAAUAGAUGAGCGUUGUGCAAAGCUAGUUAGCUAGCAGCACAACAUAUGUACAACAUAUACGUUUUCCAGCUAAUUUGUCGUCGUGUAUGGUCCAUUUCUACCUUUUGUAAUUCGGUCCGGGAUUUGCAGUCGUCAACAAACCAGCAAAUUCCAGAAGUGACGAGGAGACUCCAUUUUCGUACGCGGCUGACCGGGCUAGCCAGCAAGACGGCGGAAAGCUAGCUGGAUAUGAUGCUAGGCUAACUUUCCCUGUCAGGCGAACGGGAGCCAGAGCAAGCGAGUAGCUUGCGAUAAAUUGUCUAUCUGACGAUACUUUCGUUGACUACAAAACACUCCCAGCAUGCUGAUGGUGGGAGGCAAUGGACGGAUGCACUAGAAUGAGUGUGAAGGAACUGUGUGAGACCGAUGACCUGGCCACCGGUUUGGUGCUGGACCCUCUGCUGGGCUUCAGCACCCACAAAAUGAACAUCAGUCCCCCACCAGAGAUCCGGCGUUGGGGUAACCUCAAAGAGACCCUGUUGCGCUUUCAGCGUACGCACGACUUCAACGCUACGUUUGAGGCGCUGACAGUGGGUGAUCUGGCUGGUGACUACUUUAAUGCUUUGGGGAGCCAUCGACAGGAGCUGCUUAGACAACAUGUGUAUCGGUACCUCAGUGCCUUCCUGUUGGAUAGCGGUGUCAAGAUAGAGUCCUGUGACAGAUACUCCUCAGAGACCAACGGAGCAAAGAUAACCUCAACAAGGCACUGGUUUGCAGGAGAGCGGGUGGAGGUCCUGCUGGGAUGCAUAGCAGAGCUGAGCCCUGCUGACAGCGCUGUGCUGAGGGCUGGAGUCAAUGACUUCAGCGUGAUGUAUUCCACACGCAAACGCUGCGCUCAGCUCUGGCUCGGGCCUGCAGCUUUCAUUAACCAUGACUGCAAACCAAACUGCAAGUUCGUCCCUGGUGAAAAGAAUAUCGCUUGUGUUGAAGUGAUUCGACCCAUCUCACCUGGGGAGGAGAUCACAUGUUACUAUGGUGCCAGCUUUUUUGGGGAAGGCAAUGAAAUGUGUGAAUGCUGCACCUGUGAGAGGAAUGGAGAGGGUCACUUCAAACACAGAGGGAAGCAGCCUGAAUGUGAAGAAACAAAGGACCCUGUGGGCCAAAAGUACCGCCUGAGAGAGAGAUAUCUUCGUCAUCACAGAGAGAAGGUUCACUUUCCUACAAGGCCGAUAAUACCAGGAAUACACUCAGGUAUCUUAAAAGCCAUCCCCUCAAGGAAUUCCUUUACUCAGCAGAUGAGGAGAAAUGCCUUGAAGAACAGAAAAUUUUGUCAAACAAAAAAGUGGAGACGAGAGAAGCACAGAAGAUCAGGAAAGCACCCAUUGAAAUCCUCCACAGUCAAACAGUGGACAGUUCCACUUUUGUCAGAGGUUACUCUAAGGGACCUUAGAAUCAGAGUACGGCGCCACACAGUGGAUUUCUUAGUCAAUUGCAAGGAUCCAAAAAGCAAAGAAAGAGCCUUGCUUCAACAACUGGAGGAAGUGAAACCAAAAGAUAACAGGUUGAGUGAACCAAAUUUGACUGGUGAAGAAAAUAACAGCAGUGAAGUAAACUUGAAGCCUUUCACUCUAAAUUCCUCAAUGUCAGUUCAUCAGAAAUGUCUACCUGCAGUAAGUACUGCAGGCCUUAAUGGGAAGUCUGUCAAAGUGGUGGAUAAGCAGGCAGUUCCCAAGAGGACCUCUUCGAGAACACGAAGCAUGGUUGACCCCACACCCACACAUCAAACAGGGUCCAGUAACACAGCCAACACUACAACUGUUUACCCUAUCAAAGUUGACAAAAACUGCAGUGCAAUAGAACAAGAGAAGAUUGAAAAAGCAAUCCUAGAGAGUCAAAGCAACAAGUGCAGCAGCAUUGAAUCCUGCAUCAUCGACACAGCUGAAAAUCCAGCCACUGAGCAAACAGAGCAUGGAACCAUCAGAGCUUCAUCCCUGUUAGAAGUUUGUCAGAGUGUCACUAAGUGUCCACUAAUAUCACUGAAGCAAUACCUUAGAGUCAGCCUAACAAGGUUAUCAGUGCCACAAAGUAUAGAAGCAGAAAAGGCCUCUGAAGACAUGAAAGGAAGAGUGGAGGUGAAAGGAAGGAGCAAGCAGACCCAGUGUUCCAGACCAGCAGCUCUGACAGAAAAAAGGGUGUCCAGAUCUCAGCAGAGGCAGGGAGGAAGUUCAGAGAUCUGCACAGCUGAAGGUAACAGAGGGGUGAGGGAAAUGUUUUUCAAGGCCACUGAUAAAGUAAAUUUAAGGAAGCGACACACAAGUCAAUCUGUAGGUGAUUUAUCCCACAGCGAGAAAAGGGGGAUUGACAAGGUCAUCGAAAUACAAAGUGUGUCAGAAGAAAAAGAUGAUGUACAAAAAGAACCGCAGGACGUUGUAAAAAGCAAAAUUGUAGGGCAGAAAGAAAAGAGAAAUGCUGCAUCUACAGUUAUGGAAUGUAAAAGUAACAAGGCCCUGGAAGAAGUGAAAGAGUCCGAAUGUAAAAUAGAGCCCAGCGAAAAAUCUAGAGGACAAAAUAACAUGCACUGUGUUCAAAAUAAAGUCAAGGAUGCAUGCAAGGAGGAGGAAGUUGUUAAACUAUCAGAACAAAUGUCUAGCAGUGUGAGUAAACAGCCAGUAAGUAGGCAUGAAGAAGAUAUUGUCAUAAAGCAGGCGAAGGUUCUGCUAUCUGAUAUUUUAAGAAAAGAUAAACCCUUAAUAGAUAAGAGAUUACAAAGAGAUAUUGUAGAAAGAGGGUUUUCUACCUCAGCCUCUAAAGAAAUGCAAAGUGCUGAGGAGGAAGGACAACAGACCGAAAUAAAUGGAGGCAGGUACCAUUUUUCAGUGCAGAGGAGAAUUAUGAGACGACGAAAGGCGAGGCCUAGAGCAGUGAAAACAAAAGCAGAAGGUAAGCAAAGCACCAAGGGACACACGAGCAAAGACGUUCUAGCUACAGUGAAGAAUGAGUUGAGUGAGGAUAGUUUGCAGGCUCAGUUGUCACAGAGGCAUAACGACCCACCGGCCACCUGCCUCAACCCACUACCUCAUAAGUCACUAAUUUCAGCAAAAGCCACUACUAAUCUGCAUCUGGACACCAAUCCACAGGCACACAUACAGUCCAACAUACCUCUGAAGAAACGUACAUUUCGCAGUUCUGUGGAAAUAGACUCUGAACCAGGUUUAAAUUUUACUUCAGAUCAAGCUUCUAAAGAAGCCACUGAGUUAAAUUCAUCUGCCGAGCUGAGGCAGGGCCUUACCACUUGUUCAGGAGAGAGUAGCAAAGGAAAAAAAGAUGCUAAAGGCAGAUUUAGGAAAACAGAAGUCCAGAGGUUAACUUCCAAAAGGGUCUCAAAACAGAACUCCUUUAACCAAGUGCUUCGCUCCCGAUCUAAUGAAGUUCAGCGAAGCCAUUUAUUUAGGAAAGUUCGAAAAUGUAAAUUAGAGAGGCAAGAUGAGGAUCAGACUCUAGGGAGUGAUAAGCUUGCAAAGGACAAACAGACUGAGGAUCCUGAUAAAAUUCAAGAGCAGUGUGGUAAAAAUUCUACUCGAAAUAAAUCUGAAAAGAAAGAUGAGGUGGAAACGUUAAUCCAGCAAAGUGGUUUGGAGGAAACAAAGCCAGACCUUGAUUUUAAGAUUCGUUUCAAGAGGAGGAGAGGGAGAGUAUGGGAGAUGCAAAGCGCAGGAUUUGACAAUGAGGCAUUAAAAACUGAAAAAGGAGAUGAGUUGAUGACAUGCGAUCCCUUUAAAGCCAUCAUGGAUUCCGUAUCGGUUUUGAACAUGGAGAUGGAGGCAGCUCAGGCCCAUGUGCAUGCUAGUAAGAAGUCAAAGAGCAGAUUGCAUCGUUUGAAAAAAAGAGGUGAGAGACUCAGUGAAAGGCAAUCCAUAAAUCUCUCCUCAGAUGCAAAAUCUGACAAAGAUCUUGAAAAUGUUGAAAAUGCAUGUGGACCCAGUGAAAUGCCCAGUGAGAAAAUAGACAUUGAAGUGAAGCUUGACAGGGAACUUCUAGAUGGAGUCAAGCUACUGCCAGUAAAAUUUGAAAGUUGUAAAAAUGAUAGUGAUAUGUUGUCAGCUGUAGUGCAAGAAACAAAAAUUGAAGAUCGUUUUGUAAAGAAUUGCUGCUUGUUUGAAACUGGCUCACAACAGAAAGUGCAGCCUGAAUUGGAUUCAAAUGGUCUUCCGUUACCAGUAAUUAAACUACGCAGAAAGACAGAGGAUAUUUGGGAAGUGGACAGCAAAGAGAGGCUCAUACAAACUGAACUUAAAGUAGAGCCCAAUGUUAAGAAAGAGAUAAAGGGUCACAUUUUAGGGAAACUAGAGAAAGGAUGUCUUGAUUUUAACAAGCUCAAAGAAGAGUGCUCGUCUUCGCAGGGACUGAACAGCAACUCAGCCCUUCUGAAAACAGAGCCACCACCAUUUUCCUUGUCUCUGUCACCACUGUCUCUGUCUUCCCCUCUUAAUGACAGUAAAACUGAAGUUAUAUCCUCAGCUGCAGAGACAGUCACUGAAAGGCCAGAGAUGAACAGCGGAGGAAGGAAACAGAGGCCCAAAAUGGAGAGAACACGCAAGUGUGGGCCUGUAGAAACACCCACCACUUGUCUUAGUCACACUCUCCAACAAAUUGACAACAGUCUCUCUAGGCUCUCCGAGGGCUUGUGUUCAUCUCAGACUUUGGAAAAGCCAACAGCCUGUCCCAGUGCUUCUAAUUCUGUUAUCCAGCCCUCGUCCCAGUCGCCUCCAUUCACAACUGCAGAUAACAUGCUUUCUAGUGAGCCCAGCUUCACAAACUGCUGCGAUGAUAUUCUGGACUUUCAGUGUCUCAACUUUGAGGGGUAUUAUCAGCCACAGAACAUACUUCCAUCUUCCCCAUCAGAUCUGUGUUCACUGGAUCCACCCACAGAUCCUUUCAGCAGUCCCCUCUCUCACAGCCCGUCUGAUACAUGGAACACUGAAACGCCGUACCUUGGCCCUCCCAGUCCAGGAAAUAACUUUACCAGUGAGGAUCUGCAGUUCUUUCCAGGUCUAAUUUCUUCCAAAAGUGACUCUGUUCCUCUGGAAUGUGAAGCGAAGGAUGCUUCCAAAGACAGAAACCCACCCAACCCCAGUUUCAGUUUUUCAGGUCUCUGCAGCUCUGACUUGACUGCUAAGGAUCGAAUAACAAGUAAAAAUCCAGGAAUGAGGCUGUCCAGAGAAGACUUCAAAACUCAGCCCUUGUCUGUAGUCGGUAAGCCUCGGCUGUUUGGCGCAACAUCAUCAUCUGUUACAUCUCAAACUCCUGUCACUUUAACCCAAUCCUUCAGCAACGUCAAAGCUAGCACCAGUCAAUCAAAAGCCCAGUCUAACCUUAAAACCCAGGGGCCCUUCCAUCGUAUGACCAUUCCUAGUAAAUCACAGUCUUUUUCAAGUAGUCAGCCAAACACAGUCAGAGGAGUGUCCCAGAGUUACUUGACUAAAUCCAUCCAGCCACCUCAAAUGUCUAACAAAUUCCUCUCUCCUCAGCUCUUCACUGUGAAAAAUCCCAAUCCUCCUGACAAUCCAUUCAAAUUCCACGAGAAAACCUCUACAGUUAUUCACAGAGUGCUUAAGUUUCAGGGGGGGAACCAGAGUCAGAACUUGUAUAGUGCACCCUGUAAAGACGCCAUGGCUGCUGGCAGCCCGAUCGUCACAUCCAGAACACUCAGUGCAAAAUCAGGUGCUAUUGAGAGGACCCAGCAGAGUCAGAAACUAGGUGUUAGUACAGACAGUCAUCAUAAAGACAACAUUUCUCUUCAAGGGUUUGGAAAGGAUGUCGGCCACCAUGGUUCCUCCAGCAACUACAGCAGGUCUGACCCUCAUUUCAACAAAUCCAACCCCUCUUUCCCUCAGUCUUUUAGUAAAAGUAAGAUUUCAUCUGACAAACAUGAAAGUGUUGAAACCAACAUGACAUACAAAAACCUCUCAGCACAGCCAAGAACCUUCUUUCCUACCAAAAUGUCUGACAGUUAUUCAUCACCACAAGACAAGAGUUUAAAACAGGAUAAAUCCACUAUGUCGACCUCAGACAAACACCAGCCAUGUUACACUCAGCAAGACCCCUUUGAUUUCAGCUUUAGCUCGUCUCUUUCGUCCAUGUCUCACCACAACAGCCCCCAAGUGGCCCACAGUACACCUCCUGGUACGCCAGCACCAGCAAACAAGAGUCAGUCCCCAACCUCCUCAGCCUCUUUCCCUUAUGGCUAUCAAGGUCCUCCUUAUGUACUAAACUUCAGUGGAGAUCACUCAUUGACCCUGGGUCUCAGGGAUGGAGCUGAGGGUUACCCAGGGUUAGGCUCGACAAACUACACCUACCAUUGCCUGAUGGAACCUUCAGGCACCCAAGGCCGGCUGGUUCUCGAGCCCUGUGGACCCCAGCUGUCUAACCCAGCGUCUUUUUCCUUGGGUGGAUUUUCAGGACUGAAAGGACAGGAUGAACAUUGCAGGAAGGACAUGCAGCAACAGUGCCAGCCUGGGGAACACCAAGGCGCACCACACUAUGGACCUGUUCCAACGUCUCACUCCAUGGGUGCCACAAAACCCAAGAGAGUGAGGUUAGUGGUGACAGAUGGCACAGUAGACUUAGAUCUCCAGUACUCGGAUUGAUUUAUACCCGCCGGAGUCACUGGAACCCUGAAUUUGGAUAUUGUUUUUCUCAAGGGGGAUUAUACAGGAUUAUACAGAAGAUGUUUUUGUAAACACUGUAAUUCAUAGUCUACCAGUUAUAAAAGCCCGCUGACUGAUUGGCGUUUUUCUAAAUCAUUAUUUUGAUGGACUGUUAAUGUAUGAAUGACUUGUACAGGGUUUUAUGUAAAGUGGGCGUAUCAGCGUGUUUUAACUACUGUAUGAUUUUUACGAAAUGAAAUAUUCACUACAAUUUGCUGAGAAUACCAAAUUAAAAAUGCAUAAAGAAAAGAAAGCAUUAAUAUAUUUGUGACUAGGAGUUUGAACCCUGUAAAGCCCUCUUACUGUACUGUAACAUAGCUGUAUGAAUUUUUAUAUACCAUGUAUGGCAGUAGAGGCAGGAGCACCAUCAUUGGUUGCUGGUACUUGUAUUGGUUGGUUUUGAAAAGGCAGCUUUGUGCCUCAGUCUUUGAUAUGUUCUUGUGACUUUUUGAAGCACCUGUUGAAACAGUCCACCCUCGUUUUUAUACACACAGUAAGCUCUUUUCUCACUUUGUGUGCGUACCUCCGUGUGUGUGUGUGUGUGUGUGUGCGUGCGAGUGUGUGCAUGCGUUUGGCAGGCUGGCCUUGAAGGUUGAAAGUAAGAUGUGUGAUAUCGUGUGAUUGUUGCUCUGCCACAUUUUAGUAAGGUCAUUAGUCAUUAGUGCAUCAAUGAAAGGUUUGUGCAUGAACAGUAUACAGUAAAAUGUUUUCCCGACCUGAAAAAAAUAAAUAUUCAAGGACCACUCUACUGGUUGAAGACAUGUGUGACAUGAACUGCAGCUUCUCACAGCUGCUCUCUUGAGUACCUAUGUGGAUGAGCGAGUGGGAGAAACUGCAAUAUGUUAUUUUUUUAUUUUUAGACCAGUUGUGCUUAAUGGAUUGAGGGAUAGUACAACAUGAGAUGUUUGUAAAGGGAGUUCUCCCAAUUGGAAAUGUAAGAGAAACAUUUAAAUAUUACAAUGUUACAUCAAGGAAAGUGACAAUCUUCUCACAGAGUAACUCACUUUUGUCAUUGGUGUUUUUUUUUCAAAACGGUUAAUUAUUAUACAGAAAGAACAGAAGGAUAAGUUCAUCACCUACAAUAGUUACUGUCUGUUAUUUUGUUGUUGCUGACAGAGCUACACAUUCAUAGGUGUUUAUAUUGUAAGCAGAGUUAUUUGCUGUUGAUUGUGGAAGUCACACGAGCAUUCCCCUCAUGUCGUGAUUUACUGUAUGUUGAACCCAUUUGACAUCAUUGGUCAGGAGCGUUAGUGUGACUGCACAGCCUUACAUUAUUACCAUGAAAAUGUACUGUCUUGAUAUGGAAAGGCCAAUUAUUUAUUUUAAUAUCCUUAUCCUUGAAAUGGUGCUUUAAUGUAAUUUAUAUUUCACAUUGAUUGUUCAAACUAUUAAAUGUUUUUUUAUUAUUUAAUGGGACAAAAUACUGAACUGAAUAUUUACAUCAAGUAUUUAAUUUCAAAGCCUUUGACAUGUUAUCCAAUUUUUCAGUUGUUACAGGUAAAACUUUCUCUUUUUUCUAAUUGGCAGUUAGUCUUACUGGAUGUCUGCUGUAGAAAUGUACAAAUGUAGCCUAUAUCAUUAAAGACACUUAAUUCUUUUUUGUA